GUGUACUGAGUGGGCGUUCGUUCUGUGGUCGUAGGAUGUUUCAGUUAAGGUGUUCAGAGAGCUGUCCAUUCACGCACAUUCUUCUAGUGAAAAGGAACGGUGACUGACAGAUAACACUUUUACCAUGGGAGUACUUGCGGUAUCUCUUUGCUGACGACAACUUGUCCACGUUGCCGACACGGUAUGCCCGUGCAUUGGAACACAAACCGGUACAUGUACACUGUAACCAGACGGCCCCAGCUACCGAGGAUCACCGUUGAAAAGUAAAACUCUCCACGUAAACCAGAACUAUCCCACAGAAAAGGUAACCAUAUCAUUGAAACACUAUGGGGUGUGGGUCAUCGAAAGCCACCGAGACUGUAGUGAACGUACCAACAGUUACAAGAGCUGAAUCCACUAAGAAGGUCAACACGGUAGUUACAGAGUCGCUAGUACAGUUCAAAGCCUCAGCGAAUGAUGAAGAACACAACGACGAUGCAAAUCAGGCCAGUAAUGAGAGAACUGAGGAAGAACAGCCCUCAAAGGAACCAAUACAGCCUAUGCAGGACCUCGAUGCAGCCACUGCCGAGGACCAUGACGACUAUGCACAUCUGUCCAGUGAGACUACGACAGAGGAACCGCUCACAGAAGAACCACUUCAAACAGAUACGCCUGCUGUACAGGAUACAGCAAAUGCCGAAGAGCAAAGUGGCGAUGAUCGACAGUCCAGCGAUAAAACGGCUGAAGACAAGACUACCGAAGAACCAGCUCGGAGGAUCAAGCAGGCGGUACACCAGCAUGACUGGCUGGCCCCUGUGUCCGGAGCUGAACGUGAAGGCUGGCUCACCACCUGCAGCAUGUGUGGGACCAAGGAUGACGUCAUUGUCGUCCCACAGAUGACAAUGACGUCAGAUGGCCUGAUGACGUACGAUGUUGAAUCAGCUGAGGGCGAGAUCACCCAUGUCGUCUGCAAGCCGAAGCCGUACUCAGAUGAAGAAACAUACGCGCAGCUGGACGCGCACGCCGUAAAUGCUAAUCGGUCUCUGAACGGUGACUUCACGACCUUGAUGACGUAUCUGUUGGAACCCGCCCGGACCGACCUCGAGAAGGCACGAGUCAUGUUCCGCUGGGCCACGGCACAGGACCUGGUCAACAUGGAAUUUCCAGAGGUUCCAGUGGAGGAAACACCUGAUUGGUAUUUGCAGGGAAUCAAAGAGGAGAGAAACUCGCAUGUCACGCUUCUGGCUAAAAUGUGCAGCUUUGCCGGGCUACAACACAAAAUAGUUCAUGGUUAUUCAAAAGGCGUGAAAUGUUACCCUGGGACGAAAAUGGAGGGCGGGGGUCACAGAGGGAGCUGGGUUACCGUGCUAACAGACGGUCGCUGGGGCUUCAUAGACUCGGCAUGGGGAUCGCAUCACGUCAUAGACGAUCUGGACAAGACAGUCAAGGAUUUGGAGCAAGUGUAUGCCUUCAACGAGUGUUACUUCUUACCCAACCCACGUCACUAUCUCAGCGCCCAUCUCCCAGACGACGACAGACAUCAACUUAUUCCCGCUCCUGCUCCCUUUAAUGACUUCGAGCCGCAUGUCAACUGCAGGCCACACUUUUUUGUUCAUCACCUGAAACUGCUGAGUCAUCAUCAUGGGCUGGUUCCUACCGAGAAUGGCAAGGCGGUGAUCUACAUCGGCUUCAAACCAGAGGACUACAGUACCAUCAAGUUCACGUCCCGUAUGCAGACCAUGGAUCGGCAGUCCACGUGGAAGAACAUCAAACUGGACAGGUUUGUGCAACAAGACAGGAAGAGAGACGCAGUGGUCUUCACAAUCAAACCACCUGAGGAAGGGAGAUUUCUACUCGAUGUUUUCGUCGGCAUGGAAGAAGACAAAGGAACGAAGUAUGCCUGCGAGUAUGCCAUAGACUGUGUAAAAGCAAUGGCAGAAGAAGAAAACAAACCGCUUCCAGAAUGGCACGGUACCUGGGGACCCGGUGUCGACGUUAUGACAAAAGGUAUCAUACCAGUGUCGCAUCCAACCACUCUUGUUGAGUGCCCUGAGGGUCGAGCGGCUAUCCAGUUCAAUCUGCCUGAACAAAUGGAAUUCAUCACAACCUUGUUCGAAACAACAACUGACGAGAAACACCUGAAGCGGUACGUAGCUCAUGAGGUCGUAAAUGGUGUGGCCACGUUCAACGUCAUCAAUCCGUCACUUGGCAACUCAGGAUUAACGAUAUACGCCAAGGGUCAAGAGAACGAAGGGAAAACUUUCCGGCCUUUGUGCACCUACCUAGCGUCCACAGACAGUCCUAGUGAAGAGGUGCCCUUCCCAAGUGUUGCUAAUGGUAUGUUCGGACCUUGCCUCCCUCACUUUUCGGACAUUGGGAUGUCAACAAUGAGCCAUAACAGCGCAUUCAUUGAUUGUGACGACGGUGAACUAGAGAUCAAGAUGGGCACCAACAGAAUCCUUAGUGUCUCGCAGCACCUGACAUGGGAGACGCUCGAGGAAGAAGUCAACAUGGACAACUACUGUUACAGUGAGGUACGAGAUGGUGAGGUGUAUUUCUGGCUUCAUCUUCCUAGACUGGGCAAAUACAAGCUAGCAGUUUAUGCAGAAGAGGUUGGACACAAGGGCAGUCUGCGGAACGUGUACAACUACUGUAUCAACUGCACAGGAACAAGGGAAGGGGUUAAGCCAUUUCCACCAAUUCAUGGAAAUCGUUGGGGGAAACAGUUUCCUGAGUGUACAGACCUCGGCCUGACAGCAACAAGUCAUCCAACAGGUUUCAUCGAGGCAGAGGAAAAACUUGAGAUCGUUCUUGAUUCCACAAAGUCAUUGGAGUUUGUUCAUCACCUAAAGUAUUGGGCAACGGAGGAGAUUGAGGAACGCAUGGAGGAUUUCUGCUGUCAUAAGGUACUCAACGAAGGAAAGACAACAGCAGUGCUUUUACAGUUCCCUCACGAGGGACUUUACAUCCUCCAGUUAUACGCGAAGGAAACGGGGACAGACGGCGUCUACCAUAACGUGGUUAACUAUUUGAUUUCGUGCAAGAAGUCGGCAGCAGGUUGCGUGGGAUUUCCAGAAGUGUGGAACAAAAGAUGGGGACCGCUUUAUCUCCACUUUUCAUCCAUGGGCUUGAGCCUUACAAGUCACAGAGAUCCGAUGAUUCACUGUAGAACCGGAGCUCUGCAGAUUUCACUUGAGAGGUCCAAACCAGUCCAGUUCCUGGUCCACCUGUACCAUUGUGAGAACGGUCAGCAGACUGAUCUCCGUAACAAUGUCUUCAUCCACGAUGAUCUUGGCGACACGGGGAAGAUGACGGCUAGGGUUCUUAUGCCACACGCCGGUGACUACAAACUGCAGAUAUCCGCCAAAGAGGCAGGUGACAAUAACUCGUACCCUACGGCAGUCAACUAUCUCAUACACUGUUCAAACGCCAUGCACGGCUUCCUUGAGUUUCCGGAGUCGUUUUCAAACUGGGGACCGGGCUGCCACGUCCAUGAGCCACAGAUGAGGGCUCUACCAGCUGGAAGGGAAACGCACUUCAAAGUCACAAUCCCAGAUGCUGUUGAUGUAGCUAUAAUAUCGCCAGACGGUAAUUGGUCACACCUGACGGAACAAGAGGACGGCACAUGGGAAGGUGACGCAAAAAUCCCUGGAGAGGGCUUUGUCGGCAAAAUCAUCAAACUGUCUGCGAAGAUCAACGACGGGAAAGACACCUACUGGACGAUUCUGCAGUACGCAGUAGGAGAAGAGUCGUCUCCGGUACCUAUCAUAUGGGAAGGCGAAGACGUCGAAGAAGUUCAAGAUGUAUCAAAAACUGAAGAGGAGCCAAAGCUUCCAACUGACAGAGAACAAGAGGAUUCAAGAGAUGAAGAGGGAACAAAGUCUUCAAGUAACGAAGAAGACGGAACAAGAGAUGAACAGGAGGUAAAGUCUCCAACAGACGGAGGACAAGAGGAUUCAAGAGAUGAUGAGCAGCUGAAGUCUCCAAGUAACGAAGACGACAAAUCAAGAGAUGAAGAGGAACCAGGGUCUCCGGUAGAUGUAGGACAAGGUGAUUCAAGAGAUGAUAAACAGCCAAACACUCCAAGUAACGGAGAAGACACAAGAGAUGAAGAGAAGUCAAAGCCUGCUACUAAUGGGGAACAAAAUGACACAACAGUUGAUGAGGACCCAGAGUCUUCAACUAAUGAGAGAGAAGAUGAGUCAAGAAAUAACGAGGAUUCGAAUCCUUCAAAUGGAGGACAAGACGAUUCAAGAAAUGAAGAGGAGUUGAAGAAUCGUACUGAUGGAGAACAUAAUGAGUCAAUAGACCACGAGGAGGCAGAACCUUCAAUGGAUGGUGAAGUAACGGAUGAAGACGAGACAGAACUUUCACCUGAAAAACAAGGUGACGUAGGAAAUGAAGAUGAGCUACAUGAGCCAAUCGAUGGGCAAGAGGAAGACUACAAAAUCGUCUUGAGACAACACCAGGCCACAAUCGAGGAAAAGAUGAACCCAACGAUGGUCAUACAGAGGCUCGAACAGGAGGGAUUUGUGGACGAUGAGGAGGCAGAAGAGUUACUUCAGAUGGUACCGCAAAACCUCCCGGAAGUGAACAGGAAUAUCCUGGCGGUUGUUACUCGUGAAGGAGAGGACGCAUUCGUCGUCCUCCGUGACGUUAUGGAGGAAACCGGUCAGGUCCAGAUUGUAGAGCUGAUCCAACACGUGGACGUGGAAGCGCCGCCCGACGAUUCAGCUGCACGGGUGAAGAAGAAGCUGCGAGAUGCCAUGAAAGCCAGGAACAGCAAAAGACUGCGAAACGCCAUCGAUGAGUAUAAGGAACUAGGCCUCAGCCCGAAGGAACCCAUCUACAAGGAAGCAAAGAAGAGGUUAGGCGUCCUGGAGGGACUCCUGCAGCACCGGCACGCCAUUCUGAAGAUGGAGCCAAAGACCGUCUCUGAGAUCAGAGGAUACAAGCGCCCCCCUGCGGCUGUCCAACAGGUCAUGACGGCUACAUUCCUCCUUCUUGGUCACAGCAAGAAGGAGACAAAGGAAUGGAAAUCCCUGCAGGCACUUAUGGGCAGGACAGGCAGGGAGAGUCUUAAACGACUAGUCAAGAAGUUCCAACCAAAUGAUGUUCCACACGGCAAAGUAAAAGCGGCCAAAGCAGAGCUGAAGGAUCUGACGAAACAAGACGUCCAUGGCGUCAGUGCAGGGGCGGCAACGUUCUUCGUCUGGGUAACAGAAAUGAUAGCUGAUGUCGAGGAGAGGGGCAAAUCGGAGUAAACUAUCAGCUAUAGGCAGCGCAUCAGCUAUCAUCUUUUUUGACGUAGCUCCAAUGUUGAUUGUUAUGUCACAAUCUAAUAUGACAAAUACUAUUCUAAGUUAGCCUGUCAAUUUGGGCAGUUGUUGUGUAAUGUCAGUCAUAUGUCCAAUUCCCAUAGUCAAUUCAAAUUUAGCCACUGAGUGAUUGUUACCCCCUGGGUGAUUGUUUUCUUUUGCUCUAAUAAUGUUUUGAAGCCUUUGUAACAAUCUAAGAUAAGUACGUUGACUUAUGUUUGUGUGCCAUGAAUAUAUGUCUCACAACAAAAAAGCCAAUAAUGAUAGCUGUAAAAUGUAAAACGCAAUGGUACCAGAUUAGCUACUAAGUUCAUGGGGUCAAUAAUCCAAAUCUACCAUUUAAAAAAAUGGGACAAAUUGUUAGAACAUGUUCUAACAUUGGAAAAAAACACAUUGAUAUUUGUACAGUUAAAUUCAUAAUGUUUUCAACAUAUAUCAAUACUUUCAUACAUGUUUGAAAUGUCGUUUUUAAAUGUUGAAGAAGUUUAUUGUGACUGAAAUAUUGCUUGAUUUAAAACUAAAUAGUUUAAACUUAUCACAAAUAUUGUAUUCAUUUAGAAAUCCUCUAAAAUCUACUAAAUUGAUCGCUGUAUAUAGCAAAUUCACUAUGGAGUACGCUUUUGUUGCAUUACUUUCUUUUAUGCAAAUACAAUAAAUACGGUGACUUUACUUCAUAACUCCGACAUAGUGAACAUCAGAAACAGAAAGGAAAUCGCCAAUAUGUAAAUGCUAUUUUUGUUAGUUUAUGCAUACCUCACAUCGAUCCUAUAGGCUGGUGUAAUAUGUGGUAUGAUAUAACAAUGAAGGCUAACAUUGUCGAUAUGGUGUAAAAGGUUAAAAUAUAUAGUCUUGUAUUCGUGAUACAGCUGAUUGCACAAGAGGCACGCCUAUAUACAUGUAGUAAGAAAGCAAUGACAAAGUAGAAUGACACAUUAGUUGUGACUGAGAUUGUAAAUUUUGUUUGGCUGGCGUCAGUUUAGAACCCACGACGCUUGUAAAACUAGCUUUCUAGCCAAUCCUUACUUUCCUGUCUUAAGCGUUUUUUCAUUGUCUACCUUGUGAUGCAGAGAUUUAAUAAAACGUUGAUCUCAUAGUCAUGAUUCUCAGAUAUGCACAACAGCUAUACGCUAUGAUAAUGAGAAAUAGAUGUAGAUGUAGGUCAUCAGAAGCCUUUUUGGCAGACAAUGAUUAGUCUG